AAGUUACGAAGGGGGCCCUUUUGUAAUCAGUUUUAUAUGGUGGAUCAGUUAUGUACAUUACCCAAGUACGACUUUGAUGUAAAGGUAGAUAAUGUUUUGUUAAAUAAUUACUUAAAUCAUAUUGAAGAGAAAUACAUUUCCAAAGAUGGUAUCUUGAAUUUAAAAGAAGAGAAACUAAAACCUGUUUUACAUCUACUGCUUCAAAAAAAAGACGUUAUUAAUGACUUAAAGAACCUUAAAGAACUGCUUCAGGAUGAUGACAAUGAUCUUAAACAACUAGCUGAAACAGAAAGACAAGUACUUGAAGAAAAGUUAAGAGCCAUUGGUAAUGAAAUUAUUAAAGCCUUAUUAGCUAUGCAUGGGGAGCACCAGUGCAAUGCUAUCAUAUUAGAAGUAAAUGCUGGUGUUGGUGGUCAAGAGGCAAUGAUGUUUGCUAGUGAAUUAUUCAAUAUGUAUGUCCAUUUUUCUGAAUACAAAGGUUGGACUUUUGAAGUAACUGAGUAUACUGCAACAGACAUAGAAGGCUGCCGACAUGCAUGUGCUAUGAUAGAAGGGGAUUCAGUUUACAACAAUUUAAUACAUGAGGCGGGGGUUCACAGGGUACAACGUAUACCGAUUACUGAGAAAUCAGGGCGCAUCCACACCAGUACAGCUUCAGUUUUAAUAUUACCACAACCAAAUGAAAUACAAAUCCAAAUUAAUAACAGCGAUUUGAAGAUAGAGACUAAAAGGGCGACUGGGGCAGGCGGUCAACACGUCAAUACAACCGACAGUGCAGUAAGGAUAACACAUUUACCAACUGGUAUCAGCACUGAAUGCCAAAUUGAUAGAUCUCAAAUAAAAAAUCGCCGAAUUGCCAUGCAAAAACUGAGAACUUUACUCUAUAAUCAACAAUUGGAUAAACAACUUGCAGAAAUAGAGAAAACCAAGAAAACUCAAGUGAAAUCAAAUUUUCGAAACGAAAGAAUAAGAACUUAUAAUUUCAGUCAAGAUCGAAUAACUGACCAUAGGCUACAAGGGUGCAAUUACCACAACAUUAAAGCGUUCCUUGGUGGAGGAGAACAGUUAGAAAGUUUAAUAACAAAAUUAGACAAUAGUAAUAAAUUACAGAGGCUGUUAGAAACUAUUGAUAAAUUUAAAACCAGCUGAUUUAUAUUAAUUAAUGAUAGUUAAAAAUAGUUAUAAGAAUAUACAAUUUAAUUAGAAAAUUGUGAUUUAAUUGCACUGAUUUAGAUAGUAAGUGUUGGAAAGAUAAUUGAUUAAAAUUCUU